CAAGUUUAGCGGAGGAAUUGAGGUUAAGCCACGAAAAACUCCACGAGAAAGUCACUCCAGAGUCACGGGAUACCCUCCCAGAAGCAUGUGCUCGCCGUGACGUCAUCGCAUCGUUGCUUCAUCUGUGCUUCGCCUCCAUUCUUCACCAGCCGCAAUAAUUACUGGCUUACUGUUGGCUGUCUGUUGCUGGCACAAUGCCACUUCAUCAUCGCAAUGCCUACUAAACGUUCCAGGAAAAAUCCAUCGGUGGCACAGAAGCCGCCAUCCCCUCCUCUGUCCGAGAAGAAUGCCGUCAUCACGCAAGACAUCCCAGAGAAAGAGGAAGCAAAGCGAGAAUCAGCUCCUCGAGAUGAGUCGUAUACACCUGAGCUCUUCGAUGAAGAUGAAGAGAUGCCCGAAGAAACGGAGAAUACCGUCGAUCCCGACACUGGAAAAGCAGCCAAAAGAACGACCGAAUACGCACUAGGAGGGGGAGGGUACAACGCACUCAAGUCGUACAAAGGGCAGAUGUACUCCGGAAUGGCUGUUGGAGGUUCACACACCUGGACAUACGACCAAGGAACGUGGAAGGAAACCAAGGAAGAACCCGAUCUUUGGAAAAUUGACUACCAGACGAACAAAAGACGAGCGAGGAAAGCGCCUACAGGGAGUGGUGCGCCUGUGGGAACCGAGUAUCACUGGCUGAUAGUAGGCCAUCAGCAUGUCAAGAAGAUCGAUGCCAACACGUACGAGACGCACCUCACGGGCUCAAAGUAUAAACUGGCGUACAAGUCCGCGUCAUCGAACUCUUGGUCGGUGCCGACCGUCAAGAAGCAACGGGACCGGGAAGUGGAAUUGCUGGAUGAUGCUAAACAGCGCGUCCAGGGACUGCCGCCCGUGCUGGCAUCAGAGAAGAUUAAGGUUGAGAAACGCGAAAAGGGCCAACAAAGCCUCGAAAGCAUGUUUGGAAAGGCUGCAGGCGUGAAACGAAAAGCGGAUGAAAAUGACUGA